CGCCGGUACAUCAAUAUAUUUGUGACAGUACACAGAACGUCAAAAAUUUAGAAAAUAAACCGAGGUAGUUCAAGUUAAGCGAGGGUCAAUAACAGCCUAAACUCAAUACCCCUCCUGUUUGAAAUGGGAGGAUGUAUUGGGUCGAAUCGUGAGAACGGGCCGUCGUCUGGGGAAUCGUCAGAUGCCGCAGUUUCUAUAGGGAGGAAUCAACCUUUAAAGCCAGAGAAACCCAAGUGGAAGAGUGAGGUCCCCUUGACUGAGGGUCAAUUGAGGUCAAAGCGGGAUGAGUUCUGGGACACGGCCCCUGCCUUUGAGGGACGGAAGGAGAUCUGGGAUGCACUAAAAGCUGCAGCGUAUGCUCUAGAAACUGGCGAUCAUUCCCUGGCACAAGCCAUCAUAGAUGGAGCUAACAUAUCACUCCCUCAUGGAACACUGAUGGACAGUUACGAUGAAUUAGGGAGCCGUUACCAGCUCCCUGUUUAUGUUCUGAGUGCCCCUACAAACUUAAUAGAGGAUAUAAGUGAAAGUGAGGCUGGAGUGGACUCAGAGAACCAGUCGCCGGGACUGGAAAUUCCCAUCAAGUUCCGAAUCUCCACUUCAAAUAAAGACCUCAAGCUUUAUGUAAGGACCACAGACACAGUGCUGAAACUCAAAAAACGUAUCUGUGAUGAGAUGGGCAUUGAGCCCCGUCUUCAGCGCUGGUUCUUUGCCGGGCGACUAUUGGGCGAUAAACUGAGAGUGGAGGAUGCCAGGAUUCCAAAAUCGUACGUCGUUCAGGUGAUAGUGGCGCCAGAGGCUGGGGACGGAACUACCUAAUUCAUGUCUUUCCGUUUUUUUUUUAUUUUGUUCUGUUUUGACUUGAGAAUUUUUUUAUGCUUUAUGUAAUCAUGAAAUUUCUUUGUUCUCAUGUUUUAUUAGGUAUUUGAUUUUUUUCUUUCCUUACGAUACAGAACAAAUGAAGUUUUUAUAUGAGAUAUUUGAUGUGUUUUUUUCAUUUCAUCUAAAAUAAUUUUUUGGAAAUCAAUCAUGUUUAGAAUUUUCUUUUUAAAAUGUUUGGCAUUGAUUAGCAACAAUUAUCAUUAUUAAUUUUUUUUAUGAAAUUGAGGUUCAGCAGCCCUGUGAAAAGGGAGAUCAAUCACUGGAAUAAAUGUUUUUUGCCUUAUUAUAAUAUUAAAUUUUAGGAGGAAAUUUUGCACAACAUGAUAUUGAAAACAUUUCGAUUCUUUUUAAAAAUCAUUAUCAUUUCAUUGUAAAAUGAAAUUUUGUAUGAGUGAACAAAGGGAUAAUUAUUUUUGAUAUUUUGUUGCUUCUUAACAUGAGUUAAGUAUAAAUUUAAAAUUCAUCUGUUUUUGCUCUCAAUCAAAGAAAUGGGAUGAAUAGCAGAUUUUUAAUCAUAUCUUUGGUAGAAAAGGUCUCCUAGCAUUUUCUUACAAGUACAUAAACAUCAAAAGCAUUAUUCAUGAUAAUUAGCUGGUGAUCAUUAAUUUUCCAUUCAUCAGGUCAAAAUCACAUUGUUCUGCCAUAUCCUCUUAAAAAGUUUUUAUAAAUACAAAUUUUAAUGAUUUAUUCUUCAUUUUCAACAUUUUUUUAUACACAAGAUGGGCAUAGUCAUGUGAUAACCCCAAUUAUUUUUAAGGCCCAUGGUCAACACCCCUCUUUAUUGAAAUGUUGUUCAGUCAGCAUCUAGGGAACUAUGUUAGCAAUCUUCAUAUUAAGAUAGACUAUUAAAAUGUUAUUGGUUUAUUGUAUCAGAAGGAUAGAGAAAAGGUGCAUGUUCUUUUCCUCCAAACUCUCCAAUUUUGGGAUUGGAGAAUUUCAUGUUCUAAAAGACCAUUAAAUAUUAAAUUUUGUAAAUCUGCUUCAACCUUUAGUCAAAAACACAUUUUGGCUGUUUUCAUUGUCCAUUCUUAUUCUUUUAAUCAUAUUAAAAAAAUUAUUGAAUAAGGAAAAUUUACGCAAAAUAUUUCUCCAGAUAGAAUUUUGUUUACAAAGACCUGUUUUAGAUUUGAACCCAUAGUAUUUAGGAGAAAUGUAUGUUCUGUUUUUUUGAUUUCUGUCAGAUUUCCCCCAAAUUGCAAUUCAUUUGAUAUACAUUAAAAGAAAAAUGCUUUUAUAUGCAUGCAUUGGAGAACAGAAAUAUAAUUGAUGUAAGUAUGUUAUUGAAAGGUUAUAGAAAAAUGUACAAUGUUUGUUUAUGGAGGGAAAUUUUGUUCAUGAGAUUAAAUUGUUUUUUAUCACUUCAUCUCUUGUUUAGUCACAAAUCAUAUACAUGUGCAUUUACAAAAAAUUAUUUAGUAUGAGUGUUUUUGAGAUCAUUUUUAUCAUAUUUACAUGUAAAUUUCAAAAUGUUCAUCAGAAAUGUAUUUUUUAUGUACCUAGAUUCAAGAUCAUGUGAUCAGUACAAUAUACAAGUUAUAAAUAUUAUAAAAUUGCACUUACAAAAGGUGAUAUGCAUUCCCUAUACAUGUAGUUUCAAAACGUAUUAAGAACUUUUUAUUCGUUAUAGGGAAUUAUGUUUAUAAUUUGUUUUAAUGUACACUUUUUGUCAGUGCAGUGCUAGCUUUACUUAUUUAUGGAUAUCAUUUAUAUGAACUUUAAAGGCAUUAUAAAAUAAAAAGCAUUUUAUUGUGAAUUUCUAAAAUGUGCACACUUUUGUACCUCUCUGUUGUGAAGUGUGCCUGUUCUUUAUGUACGUGUGUCAAACACCAUUCUUUUUUGUUUGAAACAUUUACUUAAAUUGUUAUUAAAAUCCCUGAAAAUACUUCUAUUUCUGUAGCUCAGCAUGCAAGAAAAUUACAAAAUUAAGACCAAAAUUUUAUGAAUAUAAGGGUACCAAUGUUUGUAUUCAAAGAAAAUACCGCAGCAUAAACAACAGAAUUGUGUAAAAGAUGAGGAAAAUGUCGUAUUGUUAAAAUAAUUUCAUAUAUUUUAUAGAUGGUUAUCAUUAUGUUGUGUUCUUGAGUACAUUUAGGCAUUUUAAAUAUGUCGGAAAAACAAGCCCAACCUUGUCAUUGUCUUAUGAAGACGUUGUGAUUCUCCCAUUCAAACUUUACUACAAUUCACAUUAUAUACCUUUUCAUGUGUUGUUACUUGAAAAAUACUUUUCAAGUCUUGAAGUUUCUUUUAUUGUCUUUGUUUUUCCAUGAUGAGAAAUUGUCAUGUCCCCCCAUCCUUCUUUUACAUCAGAAAAGUACAACAUAGUUACUCUUUAGCAUUCACAAUUAAAAUUCCACAAGUCCUUAGUCUAUUUAUAGCAAAGUGUAGGCCCAGUUUGAUUUUUUGCAUGUGCAAUAUUUGUUUCUAGAACUGUGGUACACAGUUAUGUAUACCAGUCACAUUCAGAUAUGGCCUUGUGAAUGCCUUUUUAAACACUUGAAAUUAAAUCUGACUAGAUCCAGAAGGAUUUUCUAAUGUAUUCAGAAUAAUGAUUGUCAACACAAUAAAACGUAUUUAAAAUUG